ACAUGGCUCUCAAAUCCGGUCUUUGUACGCAAGGCAGGGGGCACCUAGAGAAUGUGCAUCGACUUCACCAUCCUCAAUGCACCAUGCCCCAAGGAUGCGUAUCCUCUUACCCGCAUUGACCGACUAAUUGAUGGAACUGCUAAUCAUGAGGUGCUCAGCUUCUUGGACAUGUUUUCGGGAUAUCAUCAAAUCCGAAUGGCUGAAGGCGACCAAGAGCUGACUGCUUUCAUGACGCCCAUGGGAAACUUCUACUAUGUGGUCAUGCCCUUCGGGUUGAAAAAUGCGGGAGCAACUUACCAAAGAAUGGUUGAUGCGGUCCAGUCCCUAUGUUACUAGGACUCGGACUCCUGCUUUUUUUAGCAACAAUAACAAAGCAUCAUCAUAUAUGGACUUUUACAAGCAUUUUGUUUUUUUAGUGUAGUUCUUACUUCAUUCACUUUUCCACUUCCCUUAGUCGAACUCUAUGUCUACACCUUUGCCAAAAACCCUUCUUUGUGGAUAUCUUCUACAUUCUUUGCCAUCUUUCAUCAUCCACUUGAUCGACUGUCCCUAAAAAAGCCAAGGGUAAUUAGUACAAAAGGUUACGAACCUUUGCACUUAGUACCAAACGGUAACAAAUCUUUAAUUUCUAAAAAAAUGGUCACAAAUCUUAGAGCGAAUAUCAAAAUGAUAAUUCUGUCACCUUCCAUCCAAAAACCCGUUACUUAUGUCCAGUCAGCACUCCACAUCACUUAAAAUAUUAUUACAAAAAUCAAUGACAAUGGAUCAAACCAAACCCGUAAUUGAAAAAAAGAGUCGACCCAUUCACUUCCCCUGCUCGACGAGCGCAUCACCGUCAUCUCCCGCCUCCCCUACCUGGCGCUAGAAUUGUCGUCGUCUCCCAACUCCCCUCCGAACUGUACUCCUCUCCCACCUCCCCUGCUCGGCGCUCGAAUCACCGACGUCUCUCACACACUCCCUUCUUUAUCGUCGAACUCCCUUCCCUCGGUCAUUGUCGACCAGAAAUUGCAAUAGCUGCCGAUUGAUUUCCCUGGACACCGAUUAUUUUCUCUCUCAUCGUCGAUUCAACACAUCGGCCGACUAUCUGAAGAGGAAAGUUGACUUCUGGAUCGCGAACUUGGGGGUUUACUGGUUGCGAUUCACCUUUUCUCCUAUGUAGUGGGAGAAAGGUGUUAACCCAAUCAGUCUCUCAUCUGUCCCCAUAAUUGUCAAUUGGUGGGGGAUAAGGGGAUAUAUUGGUGUCGUCUUUUAGAUUCCCAAUUUGUGGCCGCCAAAAUUUUUGGUAGUCAGCGCAGGGGGAUUGGGGAUAGUUGGAGCAACGGGAACAAAAAAAUAGUUUGUCGGGGAGGGGACCAUCAGCGCAGCCGACGCUCGCCAUUCCUCCUUGAGAAAACCGGGAUCACGGCGGGGGCGGCGAAGGGGAUCGACGUCCUUCUGCGCGGUCGACUUCUUUCUCUCUGUCGAGGCUACGACGAUUCUAGAAUGAGACGAGUUGAUGGCGAUUGGCAGCGGAUGGUAAGGGGCAGAAGAAAAGUGAAUGGUUCGGUUCUUUGCUAAAUUUCGGGUUUGGUUUGAUCCGGUUGAAAUGAGUUUGUUAUUAAUUUUUGUAUUAAUAUUUAAAGUGACGUGUUGUGCUUACUAGAUAAAAGUAACGGUUUUUUUGGAUGGAAGAUGACAGAAUUACCAUUUUGAUAUUCUCUCUAAGAUUUGUGACCGUUUUUUUACAAAUUAAAGGUUUGUGACCGUUUUGUACUAAGUGCAAAGGUUUUUGACCUUUUGUGCUAAUUACCCAAAAAGCCAAUGUCACCUAGUCUUCUAAGCCAUAAAGCUAUGGGCUAAGC